AUGAGACCCAUAGCCCUUCAACGUUCCAAAACACGUAUUUUUGCAUAUGGAGCUACAAACCAGCUACCUGUUAUGGGACAAUUUCGUGCAACUCUAGAAUGUUUGUCUGGUGCAACAACCACGCAAGUUCAUGUUAUCAAAGGAAAUUUUGGUUGUUUGCUAAGCUAUCAAACGGCAUCUGCUUUGGGUCUAAUCAUGCUGAAUGUUAACAAUGUAAAAACGGAACAUGCCACCCAUGAACAACUGAUGAAAGAGUAUGCCCAUCUGUUCAACGGAAUUGGCACUCUUAAAAAUUUUGAAGUUAAAUUGCACAUUGAUGAUACUGUCCCUCCAGUGGCACAAACCCCCCGUCGUAUUCCUUUCCACAUGCGGCAAAAGGUCUCAGAUGCGCUCGACACGUUAGAAAGUGAUGGAAUUAUUGAAAAAGUAUCAGAUGCCACUCCUUGGGUCAGUCCAUUAGUGUUAUCCCAAAGAAAGAUG